CCACCACCACCACCACCACCACCACUUCCUACUACUGCUGCCACCACACCUUGCAAACACCACCAAAACCACACUCCACGAUCAUCACCGUCACGCCUUGCCUUGCUUGAGGACGUCACCACCCUUUCAUCGACUCCUCGGGUAGGGCGAGCACAGAGUCUCAGGACCAUCUCCCUUGUUUGGGUGGGUUUUCGACCAAGGCAGGACCAGCUUCAGACCCCGACCCCCGACCACCCUUGGCCUGUUCCUCGACUAUCGACCUUCGACCUCUCCUCCCCAGUCCUCCCCCCCUCGGCUUUCCCGACCAUCAUCGCUCAUUUAGUAUUCUGUUCUCUUUCCUUCCGAGAUGCCAUCGUUCCUCAAUGACCAAAACUCGCCAAUCCACUUCCAGAACGCCGGAGUCGUCCAUCUGAACGGCCCCAGCCACUACCACGAGGCCAUCUCCAGCAUUGACAUCAAGGUCAAUGGACACGUCCCGCACUCGGCCAACUCUUCGCACGUCUCAAAUGAUAGUUUUGACGGCAGCUCCUCCCACUCAACACACAUCUCCGAGUCGUCGGACGCCACCCACAUGAACGGCAACGACACCCGGACCUCGACUAUGAGCACAACCAAUGGCCACAAUGGAGCCAUUGACGGGGAGGACUGCCACUGGCCGUCAACGAAUGGCUUCGCCCACGCCGCCGGGCCCCAGAAGCCGCCCGUGUCCAGCCCUGCCCCCAUCACAGUCUCUCCGCCAGACCGAGCCGCUCCACCCCGACCACAGCUGCCCAACGGCACAGCUGAUCGCACCUCGUACCACAGCUACGCGGAGCCGCCCUCGAUAAGGACAUCAGUGGCCUCUGCGACCACCACCUCCGCCCAGCCCUCCCCGGCGGGCAUGACGAUGCACCAAGGCCAGAGGGGGGAUGCACACGGCGCCGCCGGCAGCUUCAAUGGCCCCAACAGCGACAUGGGCUCCCGCAUCCGAUCCCCGAGCCCGGCAAACCAGAGGUCCAGCCUGGAUCCCAACCCUCCACCCCCCCAGCGCUUCUCUUCUCCCGCCCAGAUGUCGGGUAACACAAGUCUCAACUCAUCCACGCCCAAUCUCCACCCAGCAAACCCAGGGCUGAAACAUCGUCACACUCUAGAGGUCCCCAGGCCCGGCCAGCCCCGCGGGUCGCGUGACGGCCAAGACACUGCAGUCACCAGCGGUCGCUUCUCGCCUACCAAUGCCGCCCCCAGCGGUGCCAGGAGAGCCUCCAUCAACCUCGUCAGGCGCAACACCCGUUCAUUGCACAGCGACUUCCCCCGCGACGAGGCCUUCCCCGACGAGGACGCGAUGCGCUGGGCAGAGGCAUACCGGCAGAAGAGGGCCAGCAAGAAGAAGAAGAAGGAAGAGGAGGAUGACGACCGCGUCCUGGUCGGCACCAAGGUCGACGAGAAGCAUGCCAACUGGGUCACGGCCUACAACAUGCUGACGGGCAUCCGAGUUGCCGUUUCCCGCACAAAUGCCAAGCUGGAUCGCCCGUUGACAGACGCGGAUUUUGAGGCUAAGUCCAAAACAACAUUCGAUAUCACCGGAAAUGAGCUUGUGCCCUCCGCAAAGUACGACUUCAAGUUUAAGGACUACGCGCCUUGGGUUUUCCGACACCUGCGCCAGCUGUUCCACCUGGACCCGGCCGACUACCUCAUGUCCCUGACAGGAAAAUACAUCCUCUCGGAGCUUGGGUCACCCGGAAAGAGCGGCAGCUUCUUCUACUUCUCCAGGGACUACAGGUUCAUCAUCAAGACGAUCCACCAUGGCGAGCACAAGUUUCUUCGUAGGAUUUUGAAGGAAUACUACCAGCAUGUGACCGAAAACCCGAACACGUUGCUCUCCCAGUUUUACGGCCUGCAUCGGGUCAAGACGCCCUGGGGCAGGAAGAUCCACUUUGUCGUCAUGAACAACCUGUUCCCGCCACACCGGGACAUACACACCACCUUUGACCUGAAAGGAUCUACUAUUGGGAGAGACUACAAGGAGGAGGACCUGGAGAAGAACCCCCGCGCGACGCUCAAGGACCUGAACUGGCUGAGGCGGCAGAGGCACCUGGAACUCGGCAUCCAGAAGAAGCGGCUCUUCAUGGAGCAGCUGCAGAAGGAUGUCAAGCUGAUGCAGAAGCUUCACAUAAUGGAUUACUCCCUCCUGAUUGGCGUGCACGACACCCGCAAGGGUAACGAGGAGAACCUGCGGGCUCAAAACCUCCAGGUCUUCAGCCCUGGCGGCGCCCAGGGCUCCGAGGACCCCAAUCAGGUGCUGAUGCGCACGCCCUCCAAGCUCGAGAACCAGCGCCGUGCUGCCCAGAUGCGGCAGCUGAUCAAGUCUGAACGGCCGGUGCCCAUGGGACAGAGCAUGUCUGGCAUGCCCGACGUCCUGGAGGACUCUGUCGCCAAUUCCAAGUCUGACUCGCUGUUCUACUCGGACGACGGCGGCAUGCGCGCCACCCACGAAGACAACACGCCCGGCGAAGAGAUCUAUUACCUGGGAGUGAUCGAUUGCUUGACACAUUAUGGCGUCAUCAAAAAAAUCGAACACUUCUGGAAAGGACUCUCCAGCGACCGUACGCAGAUUUCAGCCUUGCCACCAGAGCAGUAUGGUGAUCGAUUCCUCAACUUCAUGACCGGCAUCACCAUGUCUCCCGAGGAGGCACAGCGGGAGGCCGAGGAGAGACAGAAUGCCGAGGCCGUGGCAGCCGCCGAGAAGUCAAAACAGCGUGUGCCAAGCUGGAACAGUGCAGGCCGCAAGUCAAGUAGUAACAACAUCCCAGCCGCCCCAACCCACGAGCCUCCCCCGCCACCGGGGCGCGGCUCCGGGGCCAUCUCGCCUCAGGCGGAGGAGACAAUUCGGAGAGCUGAACAUGUCGCGUCCAAGGCGGAGAAGCACGGCCAUUCCGAGCAGGGAGUCCCGGAGCGGGUCAUCAAGACGACUGGCACGACCAGCGGCGGCAUCUUCCCCUCCAUAGCGGCCGCUACUGCUCCCUCAAUGAUGGGCACCAGCAACCCCAUCUCAAACAACCAUGACACAGCAAACCAGGCAAUCUUGCCCAUUGUGGAGGAGCCUAGCGAGGGUUCCACCAACGGCGAGCAUGACCACAGCGCAAACAGAUCAGGCAACGGGAUGGCCAGCCCGAACGGCCGACCAGUGACGCCUUCCGGAUCGGGCAACCCGGCGGUUUCGAACAUGCGUGAGCCGUCCAGGGCGCCCCCAACCCCGCCCAAGACGAGUGGCAGCAUGGCAGGCAAUGGCAACGGCAGCGCAUUUGGCCACGGGAAGCGACUCACCAAGCCGGAGAGCGCCGACAGCGGGAUCGGCGUGCACGAGAUGAUGGGCCGGGCGAGAAGCGGGAGCCAAGUAUCAAAGUUCUCCGAGAAGGGCGGCGUCAAGGGGCAGAUGAGCCGGGACAGCUUGGAUAAGGCCCUGCCCCCGCUGCCUGCCGUCAACGGGCCGGCGUAAAUGAAAACCCCGGCAAAGGAUAAGAGCCAGCCAGACAGAGAUGGAGACAACGAGGGUCUGGUUUCACAUGGCCACAAGAGACAAAGACAAAGUGGCAACGGCCAAGGCAGGGGGCGAUAAUGAGGAAGAGACAUCCGAGGCAGCAGGACCCCUUCUCCCCAUCUUGGGGAAAGGUGCUGAUUUUUGUUUAUUCGCGCAAAGAACGAUAUGAUACCACUACACAGCAUCGAAAGCAUCGAAUCAAACCUUUCUUGUCAAUACUCUUUUUUUCUUGAGCUUUCCCACUCCUGACUCUCGACCACACGACCACCCGCUUAUCUCUCGUCUUCUUUCUAUCGCUUCAUUUCUUCCUCCACCUUUUUUUCUUCUUUUUUUUUUGGUUUGGCUUCCGACUGACACGCCCACCCCAGUCGAACCGAUCCAGCUUAUUUACACUUUUUUCCCUUUCCUUUGUUCCUGCGUUCAUUUGGCCAGGUCGAAUUUAAACGGUGUUUGCUGUUUCUGUACCGGAGUUUCUUGUGUGACGGGUUUAGAUGGGAAGAGAAGGCGGAGAGACAAGAAAGUUUGGGGGUGUUUCUUCUCCCUUCUGGGGUGGAAGCGAGUAGGGUAGUAAAGGUGGACAGGUACCCCUCUCCCGCGACGAAUGGAUAUAAAACAACAAACCUCAGCAACACCAACAACACCAGCAGCCAAAAAAUCUCAAAAUGAAGACUAAAUCGGGACUUUUCUCCUUUUGCCCUUCCCUCACCCUUUCUCACUCUUUUUUUUUUUUGGGGGGGGGGGGAUUUUACACAAUUGUCAUGAAAACACGCCGGAAGAGAAAAGCAAAAUACAGGAUGGGCUUGAUCCCCUGUUCCUCACCGCCGCCUCUCCCCGAGGUCAUGGAGAUGAGUUGACUGAAGGGACUAGGGGGAAGUUUUUGGAUGACUUAUUGCAUGCUGGGGGCAUUGUAUAUAGCUUCAAUGAUACCUCAUAGACUAACAUUGGAUGAACAUCGGAACUGGAGCUCUGUCUCUUGUCUAUGCUGCUGCUGCCUAUUGAGAAACAUUGGCCUGGUCGUCCGGAAGCGUGUUUUGUGCCCACGACUCGGCGGCGGAUCCGGUGGUCUUCAGGUCGGUCUCCUUGCAGCCUCUGUCCUUUUGCCUUGUACGACUACUCGUUUGCACUUGACGUGAAGGGAGUCAGUGGUAUUGGUUGGAGUUGAAUGGUUUCCUGGUAUUAAACAAACAGUUUGAUCUCCCGCCCCUAAACGCCCGCCACGGCCACUCGUAAAAGAGUGCGACUUGUAAUCCCCCUUGGGUGUCCCAAGUGAUAUAUGCCUUGGUGUGUUUGCCCAUCUUCUUUCUCUUUAUACAGUGUGGUAUGUACACGCAGCUUGCGAGGCUGGGAUUUUCCUUUUAUGAGCCGGCGGGCCCGGUCUGUAUCUGGACGCUCUGGGCGCCCUCGGCCUGCAGCUGGGCCAACCUCUGCUUCUUGUUGUGUUCUGCGACCCGCCACUUCUUGAAGUAGGUCACCUGCAGGAAAGCCAAACGGCCACCCCCCGCGCGGUCAGUCCCAAGCCCACGUUGUUGAAGGGUAUAUUGAUGAAGGCUGAAGGCUGAAGGCUGAAGGCUGGUUGCUUACCCACUCGGUGGCGCAGUCCCUCUCGAAGGCGGCCGACUGGCCGCCGCACUGCGCAGCUGCGGCCUUGUCGUCCUUGAUGGCGUCGAGGAUGCUGUUGCGGUCGAGGCAUGCGAAGUAGGCGUCGCGGCUCUCCCAGCACUUCCUGCGCUCCGUGCGGGUCGGGGCGACGGCGCCGCUGCGGACCUCGUCGGCGCGCUUGUCUGUGGGUGACUUCCAGAAGUCUGUGAGGCCCAUUUUCCUUUUGUUCUGCAGGGGGGUGGGGGUAGAUUGGCCCUGUACGGGUUGGUGUUGAAUGGACGGAUGGAUGGAUGAUGCACUCACGCACUCACUCACUCACUCACACGAGAGCUUCGCGGCGCCGUGGCAGAAUUAUUUGGGCGGUCAGGCCUCGCCUAGGGGUGCAGGCCAGGGGCCUGGGCAGUGUACGUCAGUGCCGGGAGCUUGGUGCACUGCCGUGGUGUUCCGGGUUGCCGGGGUAGAGCUGCAGGCAGGGUUCGGCUACCUGUCCCUAGCGGACGGGAAACCACCUGGGCAGCAAGGGACAGGAGUCAUUGCGACGACCACACUCACACACCCCUAGCCUAGGUACCGAAUACCCUAUCAUCCAGCCGCCCCAACCUGCUUCCCUUACCGCUUCUGAGAAAGAGCUUCAAGAUCUCGACCCUUGUUGCCAACACCAACACGCGACCACCCGCCAUCCUGCGACAACCGAUAGGCAUAUAGCUGCCCACGAGACUCGACGAACGCCCCCUCCGGCGCACCACUCCCUUCCUCCUCCUCCUCCUCCUCCUCC